AUGAAAAAGAAGGAACAGAAACUUGCGGAGCUGCGGAAGAGCGGUAGUUUGCGCGUCUCACUCUACAUUUGUUAAAUUGUUUCGCUGUGAUGUAGAAUGGCUUUUUCCACAGUAGUACUACGUAGUAGUAGUAAGUUACUAUUUAUCGUAAGAAGAUUCUAGUUGUGUUCGUGGCUCACUCAUCCAAUACUCGUUUCAAAAGAUAAUUACUUAUGGGAACAUCGUGCCGAACCUCUAAGACGCCCCUAUGGAAGUCUGCGCAGGUCUUUGGGCGAGAUUCAUUGCGUUGCAUUGUGUUUGUCCUUCUCCCGAUAGUGAUCUCUUGUAAAUUGUUCAAGACCUUUCUCACGAAGGUGACAACACUAGAGAAGCUUAGGCUUUUUACGCACAUUCUUUCAAAGAUUAUGUUAACACUCAAGAGCCACUCGUCACUCACUUUCUUACCCAAUUGCUCACUCAGUCUCGCACUCAAUCACCCCCUCAAUUUCUCACUCGCCCUCUCGUCCUUCAUCCGAUAUACAGAGCAAAAAUACAAUCUACAGGUGAAGCGUUUAAAAAUGAAUGCAUCGAAUUGCGAUCAAGAUUGGAGCAGCUGGCGAAAGAGGGCACAAAAAAGCAGGGGAAGAAUCACUUGGAAAACAAGAAAAAGUUAUGAUCGAACCUUCCUUUUUUCUUUUCCUAGUUAGCUUGGUUCCACCCAUUUUAUUACUUCGAAGAUAAUUUUCAUGCUGAUCUUAGCUAGAACUACGUGCUCAUCUACUUUUCUAAACAAAGAUGCAGAAAUAAAGCUUAACGAGAUAUUGGACGAGUCGCCCAAUGGUUCGUUGACCAAAUGGAAGGACCAGGCCGAUAAAGAAGCACCCGACGCGAAAAACGAGUGGAAAUCUACCAAUAUGGCCCAUCAACAUUUCAUGUUUUUCAUUGAAAAAAAAGCCAGCACAGAUUCUAAAGCGACCACUUGACUGACUGUCCAGAGUUGGCCCUGGGUCUGUUUUAGUUCCUCCGUUCUCCAGCGCCGCCGCUCGUUAGACGGCCACAUACAGUUGGCUGAUUGAUAGAGUACGCGCAAAGAUGAAGUAGCGCAUAGCUUUGAAAUAGGUUGUUUCUACUCGUCAGAGGUAAAGGCCAAGACUUCUGGCAAGAGUACGCACUUAGAAGAUGAUUACGCUAUUGAUCAUGACACGGAGGUGGCGACGCAUUGAUGAUGACCUUUAUUUUUCAUACACCAGGUAGGGUAGUUAAUUAAGUUUCUCGAAAUGAAACGAGUCAGUUCUACUGAAUGAGUUGUAGUUAGAGUCUAAUAUCCCAGAGCGAAUUCGUAAGACGUGCUUGGAAGCUAGAACCGAGGCCGACAAGGUGAAACAAAUUCUGCAAAGGUAUUAGAGUCACCUAUAUGUUGUUUUGCAACCGACCUUGUCGCGCUAUGAAGUAAGGCUAUAGAUUUAUAAUUGCAGAGCAGGUACUAACUUCUAAAACUAAACGCUAAGACCUAUUGUUUGCACCAAAGGUACUGACUAAAGAUAGCUAAAACCUAUUUUGCAAAGGUACCUACCGUAAUGUGUCAAGCUGCUCUAAACGUCAUUAUACUCACACUACUUAUAGUAGAGGAGGCUCAGUCUCUUUUUCAUAAUUAACAUGCCACUUGUCCCUAUUAUAGGGACCAGUGUAAUUGAUUCCACUUCUAUCCAAGAAUCAACAUAGAAGCGUAGAAUUAUUAUUUUUUCACUCUUUUUCAACAUCGAUUUGACUUGUUCCUAUUCCAGGUAUGCACAGGCUCGAAACGUCAUGAAAUGGG